CCCAACACCAACGACGUAAGCGCAAGGCUACGAGUGUCGAACAUUCAAGCUUCAGAAAAGGCGCAGCCGCUCUGCAUUUGAGUCCAUCCAGCGAUAUCACCCCUUCUCAGCAGGAUCAUUCACACGUACCUAGGUACGCAUCAAUCGCCAAAUGCCCCCCUCGAAACCGGUCCUUGUCUUCACUCCUGGCGGCUGGCACACGCCUUCCUCUUUCAAGCCCACAACCUCUCUCCUAGAAAAGGCCGGAUACACCACCGUUGGCGUUGCGCUCCCAACAAUCGGCCCCGAGCUCAGGGAUCUCACCCCUCAGCAAGGCUGGGAAGACGACGUCGCAGCAAUCCGCGACGAACUGUUGAAGCACGUUGAGGCCGGCUCCGAUGUCGUUCUAAUAUCGCACUCGUACAGCGGCACCGUCGGCUCAGAAGCGUGUCGUGAGCUCGGAAAGGCGUAUCGCGAAGCCCAAGGCCUGCCAGGCGGCGUAACCAAGCUCGUCUAUCUCGCAGCACUCCUGAUGGAUGUCGGCCACUACGUGUGGGAAGCCUCAGGCGGGAAGCCCAUAAACGAGGAAACUACCGUCGUUCGUGGCGACCUCAGCUACGUCGACAAGGUCGCCGCGGUUCCUUGGUUCUACAACGAAUGUAGUCCAGAAGACCAGGCGAAACUCGCUCACGGUCUGCAGAGCCAGGCGUGGAAGGCGUUCAUGUCGAAGGUGGAGCAUGCAGCCUGGCGCGAGAUCCCGGGCGUGUAUUUGAUGACUGAGAAGGAUCAGGCGAUUCCAAUGGCGUGGCAGGAAGCCAUGUUGGCCGAAGCGAAGGGACAUAAGUUUGAGAUUGAGAGGUGCGAUGGAGAUCAUUCGCCGUUUGUUAGUCGGCCUGAAGCGACAGCGAGAGUGAUUCGGAAGGCAGCUGGGGAGGUGAUGUAGUACAUCUUCACCCUGGUGGCCGUACGUUGUUGCUUCUUGCUAUGAUUGGAAUCCUUUUCAUCAGUGCUACUGUUAGUGAUAUUAUCGCAUAAAAAUAAUGACAACGCUUACUCUUUACGAG